AUGCCCUCAGUGUCAAGGAUCCAAUCGAAGUCAUCGGAAAACUUUGAACCAGACAGGGAGGAUGUUGGUAACAUGGUCUGUUCCAUCAGUUGCUGGACCAUUCAGAGUAUCUUCACGAUGUUCUGGAGACAUGAUAUCCCUGGUGAGGCCGCUGCCACCAAGGAUGACUUUGAGAAGAGGUUGAAGGAGUUCAAGGAGGAGAGUAUCAAUUUGAUUGAUGAGAUGAUCAAGGACAGUGAGUUCAAGCAGAUGGGUGAGAAGAUCAAUGAGAGUGAGAUCAAACAGUGGAUCGAGACCUCAACUCAAGGGUUUUGGAACCUUUGUCGAGGAGUUCCGUGA